GCACCACGUCAGUCACACCGGUCACAUUUUUUUUUCUCCAGCGGAGUGAGUCCUCUCGGCAGAGCAGGAUCUCCGUGCGGCUCAUGCCUGCUGCGCUCCGGGAGGACCAGGGAGGACCAGGGAGGACCAGGGGAGGACACGGAGGAUGGACGGUGUGUCGCUGGGUCUGGUGGCCACACCGGCCUCACCGCGUCCAAACUGCAACACGGACUCGGAGGAGGACACGAUGAAUGGAGGGAUGCACACCUUCAACCAGACGCAUAUGAGGAAAGCUUUUCAGCUGAUGAACGACCUGAGGAGUAAAAAGAUGCUGUGUGAUGUCCAGCUGAUUGCUGGCAGCGUUGAAGUGCCAGCCCACAGGGUUGUCCUGGCUUCCUGUAGCCCCUACUUUUGUGCCAUGUUUACAGGUGAUAUGAGUGAGAGCAAGGCCCAACAGGUGGAGAUCAGAGAGGUGGACGGUCAAACCCUGAAAAAACUUGUUGAUUACAUCUACACGGCUGAGAUUGAGGUCACAGAAGACAACGUCCAGGUUCUGCUGCCAGCAGCGAGCCUCCUCCAGCUGAUGGACGUUCGUCAGGUUUGCUGCGAGUUCCUUCAAUCUCAGCUUCACUCCACCAACUGUCUGGGCAUCAGAGCCUUCGCUGACCUGCACACAUGCAUCCAGCUUCUCAACCAGGCCCACGCAUACGCUGAGCAGCAUUUCACAGACGUGGUGCAGGGUGAAGAGUUUCUGGGCCUGACUCUGCAGCAAGUGUGCAGCCUCAUCGCCAGUGACAAACUCACAGUCUCCACAGAGGAAAAGGUAUUUGAGGCUAUGAUAUCUUGGAUCAAGCACGAUAAGCCGGCUCGUCUGGAGUACAUGCCCAAACUGAUGGAGCAUGUCAGACUUCCACUGCUGUCCAGGGAUUACCUGGUGCAGAUCGUGGAGGAAGAAGCUUUGAUAAAGAACAACAACACCUGUAAAGAUUUUCUUAUAGAAGCAAUGAAGUAUCACCUGCUGCCUGCCGACCAGCGGCACCUCAUCAAGACGGACAGGACCCGGCCGAGGACGCCUGUCAGCAUCCCCAAGGCGAUGAUUGUAGUCGGCGGUCAGGCUCCUAAGGCGAUUCGCAGUGUGGAGUGUUACGACUUCCAGGACGACCGUUGGUACCAAGUAGCCGACCUUCCAUCGAGACGCUGUCGGGCAGGUGUUGUGUCGAUGGCAGGACGUGUGUUUGCAGUCGGGGGCUUUAACAGUUCCCUGCGCGAGCGGACGGUGGACGUGUACGACGGUGGACGAGACCAGUGGAGUGCGGCAGCGAGCAUGCAGGAGAGACGCAGCACACUGGGAGCUGCUGUGUUGGCAGAUUUACUUUAUGCUGUGGGGGGCUUCAACGGAAGUAUAGGUUUAUCUACAGUCGAGGUCUACAACUAUAAAACCAACGAGUGGCUGUACGUCGCCUCCAUGAACACGAGACGCAGCAGUGUGGGGGUGGGGGUGGUUGAUGGUAAGCUGUACGCAGUCGGAGGCUACGAUGGAGCGUCGCGUCAGUGUCUCAGUACAGUGGAAGAAUACGACCCUGUCACUGACCAGUGGUGCUACGUCGCUGACAUGAGCACACGACGCAGUGGAGCAGGUGUGGGGGUGCUGGGCGGUCAGCUGUUUGCAGCAGGGGGACACGACGGACCUCUGGUGAGGAAGAGUGUGGAGGUCUACGACCCACUGACCAACACCUGGAGGCUGGUCUGUGACAUGAACAUGUGUCGGAGAAACGCAGGCGUCUGUGCCAUCAACGGGCUGCUAUAUGUGAUCGGGGGAGACGACGGCUCCUGUAACCUGUCGUCCGUAGAGUUCUACAACCCGGCCACAGACAAGUGGAGCCUCAUUCCCACCAACAUGAGCAACGGACGAAGCUACGCAGGUGUCGCAGUGAUUGACAAGCCGUUAUGACGACAGUUGUCCCAGAGCAUCAGCAUCAGCAGCCGAGCGACUCACAGCGACACCUGAAGUCAUCUGAAGUGACGCUGCGAUAAACUCUGUCGUUAAUGGAUGAGUCGCUCUCAGUCCUCAUCUGACACAGUCUUGGUGGAUGUGGGGGAGUUUUGGCGUUUUACCCGAAACGGGAUUUUGUUGCUCAACGCCAUUUUCAUCACAGCCCCGAGAGAUCUCCACUGUUGCACUAGAUCAGAAGCAAUACCCCAAGAGAACAGUGUCUUAGUGAGAAGUUUCUGAAAAGCCAAGCACACGAGAAGCAGCUGCAUCAGCCGACAGAAGAACUCACUCAGACGCUGGAGACGCUUGUUGUCAGGAAGGAAACCUCGACUGGUGAGAGAAGCUUCAGAAGCUCAAAUGUGUAAAUCCUUUGACGGAUGGAAUCAAACCUGAAAACUCAAACCACCAGCGGGCGGAGACACCACCACCACCUCACUGUUUGAUCAACUCUGCUUCAGGCGAUAACGGUGCUGCAAUAACCAGGACGUGUGAUGUGAUUGGCUGCUGAAGGAAGCGUCCUGGAAACCUGAGCUCAUCAUGGGAGACAUUUUUUUUAAAUAUGAGACUUGCCACAGUUCUUAUGAUGUAAACGAGCUCAAUGCAACUGGUUCCUCAGCUUGAUUUUGAGAUUUAUUUUGUGUUUUUGUUUGGAUUCCUGUGCCGUCAGCGGCUCCAGCUGUGGAACUAGAUGAAAACCAGCUGUUGCCCCGACAGAUGUUCUCGACCUGAAGCUGCAAGUUAAUGUAAAGAAUGUUGAAAGCGUCUUAUAUGCAAAAUGAUCAUGUUUAAUAUUUUUGAGAUUGUGUGAGAACCACUUCUGUGGCCUCGGACGCAGACGGGUCGAUCCGAUUCAACGCAGCGGGACUCGGUCUUUGUCGACACACUACUGAUGCACUUAACACUUGCACUGACGUCCGCCUGUCUCUGACCGCCUGUCUCUGACCGCCUGGAUCUCUGACCUGCUGCCGUCAGAUCGUCUCCGCUGUCGAUCGAGCUCGUUAACUCGACACUCAGAGGCCAACAACUUCACGAGAAAUGUGCCAGCGAUAACGUUUUUAUCGCUAAGUAACAAACUGAAAGGGUGAAUUGUUUCUGUUCACUGUUUGAGAGUGUGUCAAAGUGCACUGUAGAAAUUCAGCUGUAAAAUUCGAAUGGAAAAGAUGCAGGUUUUCAGAUUUUUGUAUUUAUUGUUUUGGUCUAAUUGUUUCUAGAGCAUUUAUUGAGAUUUUGCAUUUCAUACCUCAUCCUGAUGUUGUCCGAUGAAGGUCAUUCAGAGGACGGGGGGUUUAUUUUAGAUGUAGUUUAUCUGGCAGACGGACUGACUGGUGCCAUAGCUGAAGAAAAGUGAUAGAAGCUAUUUGAUGAAACGUUUUUCUCAUUUCUGUCUAAAAAUCUUCUGCAAAUCACAGAGAAACUCGACCUGCUGCCAUUUCAAAAUCCUCCUGACAAAGAAGAAUAUAAAAUCUUUAAAGACUAAA